CCGCGGGCUGCCCAACGGUCGGAAACACGAAUUUCUUUAAGCGUCCACCCCCGGCCGGUGGCUGCAGCGAUUUCGUACAUUGGCGUCUUCCCUCGUGCAACGUGUGUCUCCGGUCGCCACGAUCGCGACAGCCAAGUGCGUCCCCUCUCCUUCAUGGCUGACCUGUGCCGCAGGCUGCCUUUGUUGUUGCUUGCCGCUGUACUGCUGCUUGCCGUUGUCGUCUUUCAUAUCUGCAUCGUCGGUCGCGUCCCUGGGAGGAAACAGAGGCGGCGAACGACAAAGGCGACCGGGAAGAUGGAGAAGGUGCAGACGAAGAGGACGAUGUCCGUAGGGGCUGGCGGGUCGCCACGUCAGCGUUGCAGCUUUGCGGAAGGCGGCAGGCGCCCGUACGACCCGACGCUGUACAGCCACCUGCCGUCCCACGAGAUUCCAUUGCCUCCGAGUGACGACGACAGCGACGAGCCCCGAUCAUCAACGGUUCCUCUGGGCAGCGGUUCGACGCAUGAUUGGAUGGGGAGCCAGCUGUACAGACAACCCUCGACGCCAACGUACACUGAUCUGCUGGAGGGGCGGACCCCGGUUGGUUAUGACGAAGGGCUCGUAGAUCUCAACUUCGGUUUGAGUGGUCACAACAGGUGUUCACGCGGAGGGGACGAGGACAGGUGGUCGACAACGGCAGGCGGCGCAGUCCACCGAGGAGGGGAUGACGCUGACGGCUACGCUGCGGAGGUCGCGGGGCGAGAGGUUUGGGAUGAUUACCGACGACAAUCGCGUCAAUCUAGCACGUCCGCCAUAACGAGAGGGGUGGCGAAGAUCAAUGUACGGGCGGACGACACACCCAGCGAUUGCGACGGUGCGGGUGGUGAAGAUUUCUCGGCAGGCGACGGGGGCAAUUACAACGACGACGACGACGACGGGGAGAUGGAGAUUCGUCCGCUGGGGAAGAAACGGGGAGGGCCCAGGGCGACGAGCAAGUCCAGCGAGCUGCGCGCGGGGCGGAGAGGCAAGAAGACUGUGGGAGAUGCGUCGGCAGGCGACGGAGCGAAAAGCAGGGAUUUUUGGACCGUGGAACACAUGAUUGCUCUUGUCAGAGCUAAAAGAGAGCAGGAUUUGCAUCUUGCUGGCCUCGGCCACAACAUGGGAAGGAUGAAGACGAAGACAUGGAAGUGGGCCGACAUCGAGAGCAGGCUCGUGCAGAUGGGGGUGACGACUAGAAAGGCCGACGACUGCGGGAAAAAAUGGGACAACCUGUAGAUGCAGUUCAAAAUUGUGCACAAGUUCA